GAAAAAAAAGGCUUUGACUUUUACGUAUACAAAAAUCAAAAAUUAUAAAAAAAUAAUUAUUCUUGAACUCAUUUCUUGCAAUUUUGAAGCUUUAUAAUAAUAUCUUAUGUCAAGAUCUUAUUCUGAAAGAUCCCAUUUUCAAAAUGGCUCCUAGCAUACCUGAUAGAUGGAUUCCGUACAAAGCUUGCGGCGAUAUUAUAGAAGGAACAAGGAUAAUUUGUUUUAAAGUUCCUUUACGCAGGAUAGUGCAAGCUAAAGUUGCUCCGAAAGAUAUAUGGGACAUCAAAACUCUUUUGAAAAAAAUCCCAAAACUGCGCGCAGUCAUAGAUCUUACGAAUACGGCGCGGUACUACGAUGCACGUGAGCUUAAAUCGGCCGGUAUUCUGCAUACUAAAAUUUUGAUGCCGGGACGAAUAAUACCUCCAGAGGAUAAGGUGACACAAUUCAUGAAUGCGGUAGACAAAUCUCUUAAAGUAGGUGAAGAUUCGUUGGUCGGCGUCCACUGCACUCACGGAUUGAACCGAACUGGCUACAUGGUCUGCCGGUACAUGCGGGAUCGACUAGGAAUACCUGCUAAGGAAGCCAUCAAAAGAUUUGAAGCAGCGCGUGGCUAUAAAAUUGAAAGAGAAAACUACAUCGCCGAUCUUCUAGGCAAGCCACCUCCGCCUCCAGAUGUUGGCAGAGAUACUGUCGUAAAGCCGAUUUUCAAGAGGAAUUACCAUACAUAUUCCUCACCACUGAAUGAUUAUGACGAUGUGUUAGAGCAACGUGAAUCCAGUAAACGAAGGUUCGGGAAUCAGUCGUCAUAUCGAAGUGAUAACAAUUAUUAUAAUAAUAGACGAGAAGAGCCUAGUAUAAAACGCUUUAAAGGCAAUAGAAAAGACUCAAGUUCAAACAUGUCGACUUAUCAAUAUGAUUAUACAUACGACUAUUGACGGUAGUGAUGAUACCGGAUAGAUAGUACCUAAAUUAAUUAUAUUUUUUACACUUUUAUUCCUUGCAUAGUGACUACAAUGAAUGUAAUAUAUUAAUUGUAUUAAUAUAUUACCUGUAGAACUUUUUUAUGUAUAUUGUACUGAAAGGUUUUAAUCAAACUGUGAAACUAAAAAAAAACGCGGUUGUUCAAAAAACGAAGCUUAAUCUUCGGGAUCUGCAAUAAUAAUAAUUACUACUAAAGUUAGCAAUAAUUUAUAGUAGCUAAAGUUUAGUAAGUAAAAUCGCGGAUUUGCCAAAAGUUGCAUUUUUACAUUUUUAUUUUAAUCCUUUUCCCUUGCUCCACUUGUUUAAGUGAAAUUCAUAACUCUUUUUUUUUUUGAAAGUGUACAUUUUGGUAAAGUGCCACUGCCAUGCUUAUUUAAUUGCAAUUUGCAUUUGCAAGGGAAUUGUAAAAUAGAAUGAAAUACAUACUGAAUUUUACCGUUA